AUGGGGGGCCACCAGCGCUCGCGCUCCGCCUCCGCGAGCUCCACGGCGACGCGGUCCGACAUCACCGAGCUCGACUUCGCUGCGGUCGGCCUCGACUGCCCCUUCGGCCGCGUCGAUGCACUCGGCCCCGUCGAGCUCCGCGAGACCGCGUACGAGAUCUUCUUCAUGUCCUGCCGCUCGUCCGGCCCGGCGGUAUUCAACAGGGGCGUCGCGGCGGAAGGGGAGGUGUCGUCGCCCGUUGCCGGCGCUGGCUCGAGGAGUGGCACUGGGGGCGGCGUCAUGGGCAGCCGAGUCAAGAAGGCGCUCGGACUCAGGCCACGGCGGCCGUCGUCGGGGGCGCAGCCGAUGAUGGCCCGCACGCUGAGCCAGACGUCGGGCCCGGCGUCCCCUGGCCGCGUGCGGCGGCCGAUGACGUCGGCGGAGAUCAUGCGGCAGCAGAUGCGGGUCACCGACCAGAGUGACGCGCGCCUGCGCCGCACCCUCAUGCGCACCGUCCUCGGUCAGGUGGGCAGGACGGCGGAGACGAUUGUUCUCCCGCUGGAACUCCUCCGGCAGCUCAAGCCUGCAGAGUUCGCCGACGCCGAGGAGUACCACCAGUGGCAGUUCCGGCAGAUCAAGCUCCUGGAGGCAGGACUCAUCCUGCACCCUUCCCUCCCCCUCGAUCGCCUCCAUGCCGCCGUGCUCCGGUUCCGCGAGGUCAUGCGCGCAACCGAGAUUCGCGCCAUCGACACCGGCAAGAACUCUGACGUCAUGCGCGCCCUCACCAACGCCGUGCACGCGCUCUCGUGGCGCUCCUGCACCGCCGGUGCCGCUGUAGAAGCUUGCCACUGGGCCGACGGGUACCCGCUCAACGUGCUCCUCUACUGCUCCCUCCUCCAGACCAUCUUUGACCUGAGGGAGUGCACCGUCGUGCUCGACGAGGUCGACGAGCUCCUAGAGCUCAUCAAGAAGACGUGGCCGACGCUUGGCAUCAACAGGAUCUUGCACAACGUGUGCUUGGCGUGGGUCUUCUUCCAGCAGUACGUGAUCACAGGCCAGGUCGAGCCGGACCUCGUCGCCGCGGCGCUAACCGUGCUCGUUGACGUGGCAGCGGACACCAAGCAGGGGAGCCGUGACCCGCUGUACGUCAAGGUGCUCCUGAGCGCGCUCGGUGGGAUGCAGGAGUGGUCGGAGAAGCGCCUCCUGGAUUACUACGACAGCUACGAGAAGGGCAUCGGUGGCGCUGCGACGGAAGGCAUGGAGAUCCUGCUGUCCCUGGCGCUUGCCGCGGGCAAGAUCAUCGCUGACCGGGAAGGCGCCGGCGACGGCAACUUUGCUGGAGACCGCGUCGAUUAUUACGUCAGGUGUUCGAUGAAGAGAGCCUUCACCAACAUACUUGAGAACGGACUCGGCGAGGUUGACAGCGUGAUCAUCGACCGCGACAGCGACCCUGGUUCCGUCCUGAUGCAGCUCGCCAGGGACACGGAGCAGCUGGCCAUGUUCGAGCGCAGGAACUUCAGCCCGGUGCUGAGGCGGUGGCACCCCGCGCCGGUGGCGGUGGCCGCGGUCACCCUGCACGGCUGCUUCGGCGUCGUGCUGAGGCAGUACCUCGCCAAGGUGACCAUCCUCACCGAGGAGCUCGUCCGCGUGCUCCACUCGGCAAGCAGGCUGGAGAAGGCCCUGGCGCAGAUGACGGCUGAGGACGCGGCGGACUGCGACGACGGCCGGGCCAAGGCCGUCGUGGGCGACAUGGAGCCCUUCGAGGUGGAGUCCGUCGUGAUGGGACUGCUCAAGGCCUGGAUGGACGACAAGCUUGGGCUUGCCAGGGACUGCCUCCUCAGAGCUAGAGACACUGAGAGCUGGAUACCCAAGUCCAGGGAAGAACCGUUUGCCGGGUCCGCAAUGGAGCUGGUGAAGCUGGCUAGGUUUACCAUCGAUGAAUUCUCCGAGAUCCCAGCCAGCGCGAAAGACGAGGUGGUUCACGAUCUCGUCGACGGCCUGGAGUCCAUCUUCCAGGACUACAUCUCCUUUGUGGCGUCUUGCGGUUCAAAACAAAACUACCUCCCUCCGCUGCCGCCGCUGACGAGGUGCAACCAAGACUCGGGCUUCUUCCGGCUCUGGAAGAAGGCGGCGCUGCCGACGUGCCAGGCGCCGGAGGGCAGCCCGCGCGGCGGCGGUUCGCACCACAUCCCGCGGCCGUCCAUCAGCCGGGGCACGCAGCGGCUCUACGUCCGCCUCAACACGCUCCACUACGUGCUCACCCACGUCGAGGCCCUGGACACCUCGCUGUCGUCCUCCUUGCCGUCCCACCUGGGCCUCGCGCGCGCCGCGGCGCAGUCGUCGAUCUCGACGGUCGCCGAGGUCGCCGCGCACCGGCUCAUCUUCCUGGACUCCCGCCACUCCUUCUACCAGGGCCUGUACGCCCGCAGCGUGGCGGACGCCCGCAUCCGCCCCGCGCUCCGCCUGCUGAAGCAGAACCUGUCGUUCCUGGUGUCCAAGCUGGCGGACCGCGCGCAGCCCGUGGCGGUGCGGGAGGUGAUGCGGGCCUCCUUCGAGGCCUUCCUCAUGGUGCUCCUGGCGGGCGGCAACGAGCGGAGCUUCGCGCCCGCCGACCAGGCCACGGUGGAGGAGGACUUCCGGAGCCUGAAGCGCGCCUUCUCCACGUGCGGUGAAGGGCUGGUCCCCGAGGACGUGGUGGCGCGGGAGGCGGAGACGGCCGAGGCCGUCGUGGACCUCAUGGCGCGCUCCACGGACUACCUCAUCGACGCCUUCAGCGUCGCGACGUGCGACUCCAUCGGUGGGGCCGGUGGCGAGGACGACGGCGGCGGGUGCACGCCGCUGCCGCCCACGACGCGGAGGUGGGAUCCCGCCGACCCGAACACGAUCCUCCGGGUGCUCUGCCACCGCGACAACGAGGCCGCCAACCAGUUCUUGAAGCGCACGUUCCAGCUCGCCAGGAGACGGUGA